AUGGACGCGCCCGGCGGAGCGCGGGAGCCCCGCUUCGGGUCGCCUUACAGUAUGGGACUCCUGGGAGAUGUUCCGGAUAUGUACGGAGCCGGCCGGCCGCCAAGUUCUCUGAGCGGAGGCGGCGGGCUGCGGCAGGGUAUGCAAAGCUGUCCAGUCCCAAGGGCUGGUGUUAAGCGACCCUCCGACCAGUGCUACGACGAGAGACCCUCACAGAGUCUAGGACUCGAACACUGCCCCAUCCCCGACAUCGCAGACGACGGCUAUGCCUCCCUGCAGCCCAAGAAGUCUCCACCUUCCAACGGCAAGAAAACCAAGGGUCGUGUUAAAAUUAAAAUGGAAUACAUAGAUAACAAACUCCGGCGAUACACCACAUUCUCAAAGCGGAAGACCGGCAUCAUGAAGAAGGCGUACGAGUUAUCAACAUUGACCGGUACCCAGGUGAUGUUGUUGGUAGCGUCUGAAACAGGCCACGUGUACACAUUCGCGACGCGGAAACUACAACCAAUGAUCACAUCGGAUUCAGGCAAACGGUUAAUACAGACCUGCCUCAACUCCCCGGACCCUCCUACCACCAGCGAGCAACGCAUGGCGGCCACCGGCUUCGAAGAGACCGAGCUCACGUAUAACGUUGUAGACGACGAUAUGAAGGAUGUGGAAAAAAGUAGCGGCAGUAAAGAAAAUUGUAAGGAUGAACCAGCUUCAUCCGGGGACAGCGGUGAUGAGAGCGGGAGUGAUCCUGAAUCUCCGGGAGAGAAAUUGAUGCAGAAUCAUAAGGAAUGGACCUCAGACCGCGAAAGAGAUGCUAACAAUAGACAAAAUUCACAAGACAAUAUGCCUUCAACGUCAUCAUUGAACGUCGAAGAGUCUAAGCCAAGCCAGCCAUCGUUACCCAAGAUUCUGCCGAAGAUAGAUCUUCCCGGGGGCGCCAUUCUAUACCACUCGGGUGUUCUGGGUGUAGGCUUGGAUGGGAUCGGCACCAAUCUUGGUCUAGGCAACUUGGCUAUGGGAUAUCCUCAUAACUUCAUACUGGGUUUGGCCAAUCAAGGACAAGAAGGAGCUUCUUCAUCAUCAAGUCAGCCUCAAUUCAUCACCAUACCGUUGUCCAUGAUGGCUUCUGGUACUACGAACGGUUGUCCCAGCGCUUCUAGCGAUGACAGCAGUGAACUCCAAGAUUUGAGUACCGGCAGAAAGUGA